ACAUCCUCUCUUUACCGUGGUUUAUAACUUAACACUCUUUUUGCUAUUAGACGUUAAACCAUGGAACCGCCAUCGCAGCAACAGCCUCCGCAACCGCCAUCGCGCACUGCCACCAUCCUCGGAAAGUACCAGCUGACGCGCUUCCUCGGCCGUGGCAGCUUCGCCAAGGUCUACCAGGGGCGAUCCCUCGUCGACGGUGCCGCCGUGGCCGUGAAAAUCAUCGACAAAUCGAAAACCGUUGACGCCGGCAUGGAGCCACGCAUAAUCCGCGAGAUCGACGCCAUGCGCCGCCUCCACCACCACCCUAACAUCCUCAAAAUCCACGAGGUGCUCGCCACCAAAACCAAGAUCCACCUCGUCGUGGAGCUCGCCGCCGGCGGCGAGCUCUUCGCCAAAAUCUCCCGCCGCGGAAAGCUUCCGGAGUCCACCGCGCGCCGCUACUUCCAGCAGCUCGUCUCGGCGCUCCGGUUCUGCCACCGCAACGGCGUGGCGCACCGCGACCUGAAGCCGCAGAAUCUCCUCCUCGACGGCGACGGCAACCUCAAGGUCUCCGACUUCGGGCUCUCCGCGCUGCCGGAGCAGCUCAAGAACGGCCUCCUCCACACCGCCUGCGGCACGCCGGCGUACACCGCGCCGGAGAUCCUCCGCCAGAGCGGCGGCUACGACGGGUCCAAGGCCGACGCUUGGUCCUGCGGCCUCAUCCUCUACGUCUUCCUCGCCGGACACCUCCCAUUCGAAGACACCAACAUUCCCGCCAUGUGUAAAAAAAUUUCCCGGCGAGAUUAUAAGUUCCCGGAGUGGAUUUCAAAACCAGCCCGUUUUGUAAUCCAUAAAUUACUCGACCCGAACCCGGAAACCCGAAUUAGCCUGGAGGCCCUGUUUGGGAAUGCGUGGUUUAAAAAAUCACUAAAACCGGAAACGGCGGAAGAAAACGCGUUGGGGUUCAGCUACGUGAAGAGUAGUUAUAAUUACGAAGGGAGUAAAAGUUCGGGUGUGACAGCGUUUGACAUAAUAUCGAUGUCUUGGGGUUUGGAUUUAACGAGGUUGUUCGAAACGAAGUGGGAUUCGGGGAGUAAAAGAGAGAAGAGGUUCACUUCGAGUGCGAGAGUUGAGGUGGUGGAGGAGAAGGUGAAGGAAGUGGGAGGGCUGUUGGGGUUUAAGGUUGAGGUUGGGAAGAGCAACGGUGCAAUUGCGUUGCUCAAAGGGAAAGUGGCUUUGGUUUUUGAGCUCCUUGAGAUUGUGCCUCAUCAACUUCUUUUAGUGGCGGUUAAGGUGCUGGAGGGUGCUUUGGAGUUUGAGGAACUUCAUUGGGGGGAUUGGAAACAUGCCUUGCAAGAUCUCGUGCUCUCUUGGCACAACCAAGAAUCAUGAUUCAUCAAUCAAACAAGCUUGAUGAUGCUUGUUUUUGUGAAAUAACACUACCUACUCUUGCUUUGAUUAAUUUCUGUUGUAGCUUAGUUAUAGGUGAGUUAAUUCAUAUACCAUGCUUUGAAAAAUAAAACUUGUUUUUAUGUAUACAUGA